AAAAUCGACUGCUUAUGGCGUUCCAGAAAGGCAUCCCAGUAACCGUAUCAUUGCCACCUCGAGGCUGUGGUCAUCUUAGCGAAAUGUUAUAAUCCGCGUCCAUCAUGAUGACAAGUUGGUCAUCUAGUAACUAUCCUCUCCCCUCCGUCAUGGCAGCUUCUUCCAAGCCAACAGAACACAAUUGGCAUCCAUCCAGUCUUCUUCCCUAUGAUGCACUCCCGAAUCGCCAGGAUGACUUCGACUUGAUAAUGUCUAGUGUGAAGUCCACUGCUGGGACUGGAACCGAUUUCUACGACCGUAGUUUGACAAGUCGCAGAUAUGCCUUUGUCGGAGUGGCUUUCUCGACUGUCAUCAGCUGCUGUUGCAUCACCACAGGGAUUGUCAUUAUGGCAAAUCGCGGAGUUUGUGGGGCGAUUCCCUUGUUUGAAGAAGACAGUCGCCUGUCAAAGGAAAUGCAGACGUUCACAUUGAACUCACUGGUCAUGAUAUGCACCGAGUCUACAGGCUUCGUACACAGCAUCUCGUUGCGUUCUGCGCUAGCCUUAGAGUCUCGGCUUCGUUUCAACACCAAUCUGCGCCUUCUGACCGCAGCUCGUGGAUGGAGAAACCCUAAUGGUGCCCUGCUUAACGGCAUCAUGGCUGUCCUCCUCAUUUUAUCCUACAGCUCAGCCUCCGUUGUCCUAUAUAACGACUUCAAAUCCACUUCAAGAACAUGGCUUACUGCCAUUGCAGGGUUGCCUCUCCUCCUGUUGGGCGUCGCACUUUUUUUGCAGGUCGUAAUUGCAUUGUCAGGGGUGCGGGCUGUCAAAAUAUUGACGUGGAGCUCAUCACCUUUCGACUUAACCCCCGCUCUGAUUCACCACACACAAUUGACCCCGGUUUCUUUCCGGUGCAUGCGCGGUGUGUCCGACGUGUAUGGAGGUCCAGCGAAGCCGUCAGAGUCACAGCUUUCCGCGUGGCUUGCUCACCCUAGCAUCCGGAAAGUUGUCAUUUCUCUUUGGGGGCUCGUUGUAGCAUGUGCUUUGUGGGCAGCACUCAUAACGUGUCGCCCGAUAAUAAUCGACCCCCCAGUCCCCAUGCAGUGGACGUUCCUUCCCGAUGGCAAUUAUACAGUUGUUUACAUGUCCGAAAGGAUCGGUUUUCAGUGGGGCCUGUGGUCCCUUAUCAACAUCGCGGUUAUACAGGGACCACUGACACUUGGGCUGCAUUGCUCUGAGCUCAUUGCGAAUGUCAUUCAAAAUGAAAGACAAUGGCGACGCGCUACGAGCAGGAAAGGACUUCAAGCAGCGACGAGUCCACUGAAGUUGGCUUUCGCUAAUCCGCUCGGUCUUGUUAUUUUCGCCGUGAAACCUAUACUACAUUGGAUGUUCGGCCUUGCAUUGGGUUUCGAUGGGUGGACAACCAAUGCCUCGUAUGGCAGUACAGUUGUAGAAUUUGGGAUAUCCAUGUAUUCCACCCAGAUCUGGAACUUAUGUAUAGCGCUCUUUAUAUUUGCUAUUUUUUUCACUCUCGUCGCACUGCGUCGACCGCGCGGUCCCCAGCCGGCCACAUACGGGCACCUCCAGACGCUCGCCAACCUCGUGGACGAGUGGUCGCCAGUGAUGUGGUGGGGCCACAAGGAGGACGGAAUCCCAUAUUGUCAUGCUGGUAGGGUACUUGUAUAGUGAUGAGGAUGAUGCAUUAAACAUUUUAAAUAGGGACGAGCGAUCAUCCGCUGCCGGAUGUGAACAUGGACUGCGUGUAUGCUGGUUCCGACAUCGACUCUCCCGCACCUGUCUUGUGAGAACCCCCGUGUUUGAAAAGAAAUUUAUGGAA